GCCAAUCUCUGCGCGUGUAGGUCCCUGAUUCACACAAUAAUUUUAGGUUUACCCGCCCGACCAGCCGAUGGUCUUCAAUCCCCAAAACCCCAAUGCUCCGCCGAUCUACCCUUGCGGGAUCUGCCACAAGGAGGUCCAUGACAACGAUCAGGCCAUCCUCUGUGAGUCUGGGUGCAACUUCUGGUUCCACAGGGUCUGCACAGGAUUGACAGAGGGUGCAUACCACCUGUUGACGGGUGAGGUGUAUGCCGAGUGGGUGUGCGACAAGUGCCUCAACUCGAAAAAUAUACCACUGGUCAAGUUCAAACCAUGAGGACGAGCAAUGGACAUGUAAAGGGAUCAGCUGGGGCGAGUUUUCCCUUAUUCCCCCACCACUGCUCAUGCGCAUGUACAAGCGCAAGCAGUCAGCAGA